GCAGGAGCCUUAAGCAGACACAGGUUUUAUACAGGUUUUACUCGACCGGACAAAGACAUGGAGGAUAGAUACACAACUUUUGGGGAGUACGUCGUCCACCGGGAAGUCCUGGAUGAGUCCCGCCUGGAUGUGGUGGCCCAAAAAGGGACAUGGUCCACCAAACCAACCGUUGGUGAACGGAUGAAAGACAUGCUGAGGUGCUCCUCGUCUCAAGUGAAGGACGUACUGCUGACCAGGAUUCCCAUUCUCUCCUGGCUGCCAAAAUACCCAUUUCGAGAAAAUAUCGUGGGUGAUGUGAUGUCUGGCUGCAGCGUGGGAAUCAUACAUCUGCCACAGGGUAUGGCAUAUGCUCUCCUGGCCUCUUUGCGCCCCGUGUUGGGACUUUACACCUCCCUCUACCCGGUGCUGGUCUACUGCAUCUUUGGCACCUCCAGGCACAUCUCUAUUGGUACAUUUGCUGUGAUCAGUAUCAUGGUUGGCAGUGUGAUAGAGAGGCUUGCACCUAACAGUAACUUUAUUGUGAACGGCACCAAUGGGUCCGGGAUUGUGAACUUGACUGCAAGGGACUCAUACAGAGCACAGGUAGCGUGUUCUCUCACAGUCUUGACUGGAAUCUUUCAGAUCCUGCUGGGCUUGGUAAAGUUUGAUUUCAUUGUGACGUACCUCUCUGAGCCACUAAUUCGAGGCUACACCACAGCAUCGGCGUGCCAUGUGUGCAUCUCUCAGCUCAAAUACGUGUUUGGAGUCAGCCCAGCUCACUUCACUGGCCCAUUCUCCAUUGUUUAUACUGUGGUGGAUGUUUGCAGACUUCUUCCUCAGGCGAGGGUCCCGGAGCUGGUGAUCAGCCUCGUGGCUUUUUCCGUUCUCUUCAGCGUCAAACAACUCAAUGACUGCUUCAGACAGAAGAUAUCAUUACCAAUCCCUAUAGAGCUUGUAGUUAUCAUCACAGCAACAGUCAUAACCUACUUUUGUGGACUCGCCAGUGAAUAUUCAAUUGAUGUGAUUGGAGAGAUUCCCAGUGGUCUCAAGCCCCCUCGUACUCCUGACGUCACACUCUUCUCAAAGAUAUCCAGCGAUGCUUUCGCUGUGGCCAUCGUUGGCUUCGCCAUCAGCAUUUCACUGGGCAAAACGUUUGCCCUCAAACAUGGCUACAAGGUGGACAGCAAUCAGGAGCUGGUGUCUCUCGGUCUCUGUAACACCGUCGGUGGUAUGUUCCGGUGUUACGUUGUGACGUCCUCAUUGUCUCGAAGUCUCGUACAGGAGAGCACCGGCGGCAGAACUCAAAUUGCUGGGAUGGUCUCCUCCGUUAUUGUGCUCAUUGCAGUUUUGAAAAUUGGCUCCUUGUUUGAAGAUCUCCCCAAGGCGGUUUUAUCCACAAUCGUGUUUGUGAAUUUGAGAGGAAUGUUCAAGCAGUUUAUGGACAUUCCCAUGCUGUGGAAGACCAACAAGGUUGACUUGCUUGUUUGGAUGGUCACAUACAUAAGCACCAUCCUCCUCAAUCUGGACUUGGGUCUGGCUGUCUCCAUCGGCUUCUCCAUGCUCACGAUCAUCAUCAAAACCCAACGACCCAGGUACUCAAUCUUGGGCAAUGUACCAGGCACAGAGCUGUAUCUGGACAUAGAUGCCUACAAAGAGGCCAAAGAGAUCCCAGGAAUAAAAAUCUUCCACUCAUCAGCCACUAUCAAUUUCACAAAUGCUGAUAUGUACUUGGAGUCCCUGCAAGAGAAGAGUGGAAUCGACAUAGGAAAGCUGCAAACUGAGAAGAAGAAACAAGAAGCCAAGCAGAGGCGUGAACAAGAAAGACUGAAAAAAAGAGAACGGAAUGAAGCAAAGAGAAAUAGGCUAAAUAAGAAUACGGACAACCAGAAUGGUGUGGUUUUGAGCAUGCCAGGGACAGCUUCAGACAUCUCUGGCAAAGGUCAAAUCAACUGGGGUUAUUCCGACAAAGUCACAUCCGACUCUGAUUCAGACUCAUAUGAGGUCAUCACUGUGGAUUCAAAUGAAGGUGAAGAUGGGAGGAAGAGUAACUAUAGAUCUGGGACUCACAGCAUCAUUCUGGAUGUCACAUUGACCAGCUCUAUGGACACAGUUGCUGUGAAGACACUGAAAAAUAUUUUCAGGGACUUUGGGGAUGUCGGUGUGGCCAUCUAUCUAGCCGGCUGUCAAGCCUGUGUGGUGGAACAGAUGGAAAGGGCAAACUUCUUCUCCGAGUCCGUCCCCAAGAGCCGUUUGUUCGUGUCGGUUCAUGAUGCCGUCCUUCACAUGUUCAAGAAGCGGGGACAGGAGGACAACGGUACUGCUCUUUCUUGUGAUACCCAAAUGUGACCAGGAGGGGUCGCAUUUUUCUUCUUUUUUUUUUUUCCCCCAAUCCACGCAAUCUUCGACCUCUCCUCCCCCUUUGCGUGUUUCGCCGCUCCCCAUUGGUCGCCGCUGUCUUCGUUCAACCGGGAGAGAACGCGCCGCCUUGACAUGGCGCCCGGUUGCCAGGGAAACACGGGGAUCUGUUGCCUCGGCGACCAGCUUUUUAUGAUAUGGUAUAACGAGAUGGCCAGGAUUACGUCACUGCGGCUCUCUCGCCGUGCGGAGUGUGUGGAGUGUUUGAGAUGGCGGCGGGUGGGGGAUGAGUGGGAGAAUGCAGCGCGGGACUAAUGAGAGAGAGUCUGUAUUUAUGGCAUCCAUGAGAGGGAGCAGAGAACGACCUUCCGGCAAGAGGGGAAACUUUUGCAAAGGAAAGCAAAAUAUCUGCCGGUCAUUUGUGGCUGAUGUGACUUUGUUGUUGCAUUCAAACGCGGGGGGACAGCUUUAAUCAAACAGAUGGAUGCACUUAUAUCUUACUCACAAGUCAGAGAAGUCAUAACUUUCAACUGCUCAUGUUGAGCUUGCAAAGAGUUCAACAGCAUGUAAGUUAGAAUAGAAUGGAAUAGAUGAUUCUGGCCUUUUCUCAUGUUUUCCUAUUUAUUUUUUGAAGAUGUUUGUUGGGUGCAAUUGCAGGCUUAGCCUCCUUUUAAAAUACUGGUGCACUGAUCAGACAAGCAAAACAACAUUACUUCCUUGUCACACCCGUGAGAUGAAUGAUCAACUUGCAGAAAUCUGUAAUAAGUCACAGAUUUCUUCUUUUUUUUUUUUUGUCUUUUCCUUCAGCUUCUGAAGGAUAGAAAUGACUGUUCUGGAUCUGUGAGCAGGCAGUGUCUAACUUGCAGUUGUUUCAGUGUGGAUUUCCUGUCAUGUCUGUAUGGUGUGUUUAUAUAGACACCGACCUCCAAACUAAAUAUUCAUGGACAUAUUUUUAAUUGACAUAUUUAAAGUGAAAUAAUACAUAUUUAGUUAGUCAAAAAAAAAAAAAAAAAAAAACGUAGAAAAUAGCAUUUUUGUAAUUCCAUGGAUACCUCUUCAAAACAUGCAUUUUUGAAGAGGAACAGCUAAUUUUUACUUUCCUCACUUUUGGUCAAGUUUAGCAACAUUUUAUCACUUAAACUCAAAAUCCAUUUUUUUGUAAACAUGAUAACAAGUGCACUUUUGAAAGUUUUUAUGUUUUUCACUAACAAUCAUUUCUGUCUUUUCAAUGAAAGGUUUAAAUGCAAUUUUUUUUUCUCUAACAAUAUCACUUGGAUUUGUCAUUUUUUAAUAUAAUUUAUGUAAUAGGUAUGAAUAAUAACAAAUUUAUUGUGUCAUCCGCAAGUAAACUGAUGGAAAAAAGCCACCGAUCCAUAAAAUAUACCUGAAUAGAUUUAUUUCAGUACUCACAAAUUCUGGAGAAUGUUUCAUUGUAUAAAUAUUUUUGUUGAAAGCAUUAAGAGAUAUUUUUAGUAAGAGUUUGUUUAAAUAACUUAAUUUUCUGUUGCCACAUUAAAGCAAAACUUUGUAUUCCAUGGAAACAUUGCUUCUUAGAACAUGUGUUCUGCCCUCUUAGAUUUUAGACGGCAGAAGAAAAUUAGAGAACUCAAUGGUGCAGCUUCUGAAGGAAAAUACCAACCUUGUUAAACCGGUAGACGCCCGAGAAAAUGACAUGUUUGGCAUUGCAGGGCUAAUAUUCCACUGAACUCCACUUCCAAAUUACCCCAAAUGUCAAUGACCUCAGACAUUUGAGGUAACUGAACCAAGAAGUUGUUUUUUCCUGUAUUUUGUGUGUAUAUAUUGUACAUUUUAGUGAAUGAAAACAAGGAAAUAAAACCCCUUAAAAACACA